AUGGAGUUUAUUGCCAAGCCCUGUGCCAUAAACCUUGGCAUCCAGGACAGUGGACCUCACAGAGCCCAGCCCAAUGCAAUCCUAGAGAAAGUGUUUACAUCCAUCACCAAGUCUCCAGAUGCAAAGAGGUUGGAAGGCCUGUCCAAGCAGCUGGACUGGGACGUGAGGAAGAUCCAGCGCUGGUUCCGGCACCGGAGGAACCAGGACAAACCCACCACCCUCACCAAGUUCUGUGAGAGCAUGUGGAGAUUUACAUUUUAUUUAAGUAUAUUUUUUUAUGGAAUCAGGUUUCUCUGGACGGCCCCCUGGUUUUGGGACACACGACAGUGCUGGUACAACUACCCUUUCCAGCCUCUAACAUCCAGGCUUUAUUAUUACUAUAUCUUGGAGCUGGCCUUCUACUGGUCCCUCAUGUUUUCUCAGUUUACAGACAUUAAACGGAAGGACUUCCUGAUCAUGUUUGUCCAUCACUUGGCCACGAUUGGGCUCAUCACCUUCUCCUACAUGAACAACAUGGUGCGGGUUGGGACCCUGGUGCUGUGUCUCCACGAUGCCUCAGAUUUCCUCCUAGAGGCUGCAAAGCUGGCCAACUAUGCCAAGUACCAGCGGGUGUGUGAUGCUUUCUUCAUGCUCUUCGGGGUCGUGUUCAUCGUGACACGGUUGGGCAUUUACCCUUUCUGGUGAGUGGGGUCCUGUUUGUUCUCCCACUGCCUCUGGAGCUGUUUCUGUAUCCUGAGUUCUACACCUUUUUCCCUUUCCUUGGUUCUCUCCUGUCCAGGUGACCUAGCCAGAGAAAGGACUCUAAGCUCUGUCUUCUUCAUUCUUUUCUCCUUUUCUCUGUGCCAGAUUGGAGCUGGACAGUUCCACCCUUUGCAUGUGUCCAAGGACGACCGCAGUGACGUGGAGAGCAGCUCUGAGGAGGAGGAUGUGACUUCCAACAGCACAAAAGGAGUCUUCAGCACUUCCAGCAACGGCUCCAACCGCCUCAACGGCCACGUGGCCGGCGGCCAGUGGACAGGGGAGGAGUAAGGCCCUGGGCUGGCCCUGAGCAAGCAUGGACUUCUCUUUCAAUUAUCUAGUUGUGUUGAGCUCCACAUUCCCAAGUGAUCUUUAAUCAAAACAAAAAAAAAACAACAACAACAACGAACCCCCUUCCCCAGACACCUCCAGCAAAACCCCGACCGGUCCGAGGGACGAAGCCGGGGCGAGAGAACAGAGCUGCAGGUUCCACCUCGAGCCACUUUUGUGCUUCAAAAGCACAAGAAAAAAAAAACAAAACACAACCCCAAGUUGUUGAACCCCGAGAGUUCCUGUUGAUGUCUGCAGAGGUGUCUUUUGUUUGGUUGGUUUUUCACUGGGAUCAAACUCGAGGCAAGAGCGGGUUUGGACGGGGCCGGUCCAGAAGCACUCCAGGAGCCACUUGGGAGCAGGUUCCAGGUCCAGAAGCACUCCAGGAGCCACUUUGGGAGCAGGUUCCACGUCCAAACCAGCCCUGGGGGAGGCAGAGACUCUUUUUCUCAGCCUUGAGCUUUGAACUGUGCUGCCCCAGAACUGCUGUCCUGGCUCGCCCCCGGGGUGCUGAGGAGGUCCCAGCUGCUCAUCUCUGCUGUCACCAGGGACCAGGCCAGCAUCUGCUGCCUCUUUUGGUGCUGCAAACCCCUCUGAAGUCUUGACCAAAGCCUUCUGUGAGGGAGGGGGGGAAGGUAGGGGGGGUGGUUUAUUGCCCCUGAGACAACCAGCACAAUCCAGGCCUUUUAAAUUGUUUGUUUGUUUGGUGUUUUUUUUCCCUGUUGCAAAUUGUGGGUUUUGAAGACUUUUUCUAGACCUGCUGGAUCCAGUUGGCUGAGCUGGGAUCGGAGGGAGGAUCAGAACUGGUGGGGCCGGGUUUAACCCUCCAAAAAAUGGGAUGUUUUGGUCCUGUAACUCCCAGACAGAAGUGAAUGUUGCUGCUCUGAUGCUGCAGCUGUGGAGGAACCCAGGGCUGGAAGAGCAGCCACACCGUGGGCUUUUGCUUCUCUUUUUUUUAUUUUUACUCAAUGGUACUUGGGGGCAAUGGAAUGGUCAAUCAGGAGCAGAAUUUUGGAAACUUCUCGACUCGUUACCAUUUUAUACUGUUGUUUACUCUUAUCUCCGAUUAAAAGUUGCUUCAGAA